UUACUUUCUAUCUAUCCUGCUGUGCUGAGUCACGUAUACAAAAUACACAUGCCUGUAUGUAUAUGAACACAUAUAAUACGCAACAAACAACAAUCAUUUCCUUCCAGUCACUUCUUUUUACAACUAACAAAAAGUAUCUACCCAACUUUAUGUACAAUGGUGAUCAGACGUGCAAUCUCGAGUAAACUUUCUUUCGUUCUAUUAUUUACGACUACUACGAGGAUGAUUUCUGCAGUUUCUGCCUCCACCGCCCGCCGGGACGUGUACACUCCUCCAGAUCUCGACAAGCUAACAUCUGACGCCAGGUCUUGGUAUUUACAAGGAGUCACAAACGCCAACGCCAGCCUGCGCCCUGAGUUUCAAUCCAUCGUCGACCUUAUUGCGCAAGGGACACAACCCUCCGAGGUCAAACCACUGCUCAAAAAACAGUUGGAGUCCCUUCUUUCGCAAGUUAAGGAGGCAAAUGAUAACACAAAAAUUCUUGUCCCACGACUUGGUGGACUUGUCGAUUCGCUCAACAGCUGGGCCGCGGACCCAAUCUGUCUCUGGGCCAAGAUGAAGUUAAAGGCUACCCUCUGGUUCCUGGAGGGCAAGAGGGAUAACAAAUCAUACUAUUUGCUCAACGGGGGUGGUCUGUGGUGCAAGGAGAGGGUCGCCAUGCUAAGCGGGACGGAGGAGGCGACGGGGAAAAAGUUGAGGCAGGAUUUGGACGGGUUGCAGGACACGAUACUCGAGGCAAGGGACACACUUGACGACGCGGCGCAAAUAUAUGUCCAAGGUGUGACCAAGUUGAUCGAGUUGGUGAAGGACGUUGGCAGCAAUGGGGACGCAAUUAGGAAGAUUGUCGGAGAAAUGAAGGCCAGUGGGGAUGCGAGGAGUGGAAAUAUUUUGAAGAGUGGGGACGAUGCUGUGGCUGCGAUUAAGGAGAAAAUUGAUGCACUGGUUUAGAAGACGGUUGGAUUGGAUUAAUUGACAUUUAACAAAAAUAUGAAGAGACUAUUGAGCUAAAAAAAACUGGACUGAUUUAUUUAUAGAUGUAGUGAGCUUAUGUAUUUAUUGUUAGUUACCAAGCGUUUUGUGAUAAUAUAUAUCUCACUGUAGCUGAUGACAAAGCUACGUUACGCGUAUGUAGGAUGAAAUAAUUGGUUCUAGAUAAAGUUGAAUAUAAAUUUAGCUUGGUAGUUUCAUCACCAAGGCCAAAUUUUUGAGUGCAUGAAAUUAUGUACUGCUCAGUGCUCAUAUGAUUUAAAAAAUGAAUGAGUAUUAAGAACAACAGUAAAAAGCGAAAUUUGCAUUGCAUAUUAAAUAUACAGAUUUGUGAAUACAUACCUAAUUUGUUAAUUGUUAUAUCAUUUAAUUUAUAUUCAAUAAAAUUGAUGCGGAAUCUAUAUACAUAUGUAUGUAGAAUUAUAACCACACAUGUGUACAAAAA